AUGCGAUUUCUCUGCCUGCACGGUAAGGGCACCAGCGGCGCUAUCUUCCGCAAUCAGACUGCUACGUUCCGGUCGUAUCUAGACCCCGACAAGUACACAUUCGACUUUAUCGAUGCACCGCACAAGACAGAUCCCGCAUGGGGCCUCGAUGCCCUAUUCUUCCCUCCAAAUUACACUUUUUGGGAAGACAUCAGCCCGCCCAGCAUAGCCGAUGCGCACAUAUGGCUUCUUGAUUUUAUGCGACGGCAACCUCAGCCCUACGACGGCGUGCUCUGUUUCUCUCAGGGCUGUGCCGUGAUUUCCUCUCUAAUUAUCUUCCACCAGAACGAACACCCAGAGGAGCCUCUUCCGUUCAAGUCCGUCGUUUUCAUAUGCGGAGGGAUCCCACUCCCAGCUUUGGAGCACAUUGGAAUCCAUGUGCCCGAACGGGCGUGGCAAAUCCACAACCAAACUGCAGAAGCCAUGUCCACUCAAAUCCACACUCUGCAGUCUGAAGUUGAGGAAAUUGUCCAGACUAAGAGCAGACCACGUACCCGCCAGAAGCUCCCGGAUGAGAAUUUGGAAGCACGAGGAUUGGAGCGCACACGCCGCCGGGAUACGGGCAAGCCGCACCUGUUACCGGAGUUUGGCCUUCAUAAUGUCUAUGGUCUAGACAUAACCCUUAUCCCUGACUGUCUGCGAAUCAACAUUCCCACUGUCCACAUCUAUGGCAGCAAGGACCCUCGUUAUCCCUGCUCGAUUCAGCUGGCACACUUCAGCAAGCCAGAAAUCAGACGGGUAUACGAUCAUGGAGGUGGUCAUGAAAUUCCCGUAACGACCAGUGUCUCUUCCGAGAUAGCGCUCGCUGUCGAGUGGUUGGCUAGCGUUUCUUGA